AUUCUGCGUCCACGCUGCCACGGAGGAGGCUGCAGGUUCCCCCAGCACACGUAGAAGAGAGGUUCUGCUGAGUGCAGGAAGUUGGGUUGGCACAAGGAGCAGCACAUCAGCACUCUGCUGCAGCCUUCAGAGGUGCAUUGUGAAGUGAUGAUGAUGAUGAUGAUGAUUCCUGCGCUGCUCCUCGCCUUCAUCUCUCUGGCCGCAGCCGAGCACCUGGACACGCUGUACCCCGACCUGGAGCACUCCAGAACCAUCUAUGUGACGGAAAAUGCUCCCCGGCUGUCGGUGACGUCACAUCCGUCCAAGGUGGCGUCGAGGCGGGGGGGCAACGCCACGUUACCAUGUGACAUCAGCAGGGAGCAGUCGGCGGCGCCCAGUGGCAAGAUGAGGAUCAAGUGGACCAAACUGACGUCAGACUUCCUGAAAGAGGUGGACGUGUUCGCCGCCAUGGAUCACCACAAGCGAAGCUACGGGAGUUUCCACGGCCGCGUGCACCUACGAGGCUCCUCCCCCAUGGACGCCUCCCUGGUCAUCGCCGACAUCGGCCUGGAGGACUACGGCAAAUAUAAAUGUGAGGUCAUCGACGGCCUGGAAGACGCCGCUGCUGUGGUCUCGCUGGACCUGGACGGCGUGGUCUUCCCGUACUACCCUCGCCUGGGUCGCUACAACCUCAACUUCCACGACGCCGAGCGGGCCUGCCGGGACCAGGACGCCAUGGUGGCGUCCGUCGAGCAGCUGCGCGGCGCGUGGCGAGGGGGCAUGGACUGGUGCAACGCGGGCUGGCUGAGCGACGGCUCGGUCCAGUACCCCAUCACCGCGCCCAGAGAACCCUGCGGCGGCAAGGACACGGCGCCGGGCGUCCGCAGCUACGGCCUGAGAGAAAAGGACAAGAACCAGUACGACGUCUUCUGCUUCACCUCGCACUACAAAGGAAGUGUGUACUACCUCAUCCAUCCCAGCAAGCUGACGUACGACGAGGCGUGGCGGGCGUGUCAACAAGAUGGCGGCCAGAUAGCCAAGGUGGGUCAGAUGUACGCGGCGUGGAAGCUGCUGGGCUACGACCGCUGCGACGGCGGCUGGUUGGCCGACGGCAGCGUCCGGUACCCCAUCUCCCGCCCCCGCGCCCGCUGCAGCCCCAACGAGGCGGCGGUGCGCUUCAGCGGCUUCCCGGACAAGAAGCACAAGUUGUACGGCGUCUACUGCUUCAAAGCCCGCCACUGAAAACACGCGCAUGCGCAUUCAACUGUGACGCUUUAGCAUUGUUAGCAUUGUUAGCAGCUAGCUCUCAUCUUCCAUGAACAGUUUGCAAAAAGUGGUCAGCAUGUUGGAUCCGGACCCGUCUGGAGUCUGGAUUGACCCGUCUGAAGUCUGGACUGAGUCCCCGCCUGACGCUGGUGGUCCUGGGCACUUAAUUAUCUUGUUUAGUCCACCGACACAAGCGAGAAGAAUCUUUUUUUUGUUGUUGUUGUUCAAGGUGCUACGAUGUCAUUUUUGUUUUUGUACUGAGGAAUUUUGUCGUUCGCUUUCUUGUAGAAUCUAGAAAUGUUUUUUUUUUAUAGAAAUAUUUGUUUUGUCAUUAAACAAUG